AGAAGUUGUUACGUCGCUUGCGUGUGACGUCAUCAUUCUUCACAUGUGGACCGUCGCCUAUCACAACAUUUAGCUUGUUUAUGAGCUGAUUUUAUCAAUUAACUCUUCAUCUUUAGAGACCGACACACACAGAGACAGCCAUGUCCUCCAGCUGUCGACGGCCUGAACACUCAGCUCCUCCAGAUGUGUUCUACAAUCAAGAAGAGGCGAAGAAAUACUCUCAGAACUCUCGGAUGAUUGAGAUCCAAACCCAGAUGUCAGAGAGAGCUGUUGAGCUCUUAAACCUGCCAGAGGGACAGCCAUGCUUUCUGCUAGAUGUUGGGUGUGGCUCUGGUCUCAGUGGAGACUAUCUGUCAGAGGAGGGACACUACUGGGUUGGAGUUGACAUCAGCACUGCAAUGCUGGAUGUUGCGUUGGACAGAGAAGUAGAGGGAGACCUUUUGCUGGGCGACAUGGGCCAGGGAAUGCCUUUUCGACCAGGCACGUUUGACGGCUGCAUCAGUAUCUCUGCCCUACAGUGGCUCUGUAAUGCCGACAAGAGGUCACAUAGUCCUCCGAAGAGACUCUACACCUUCUUCAGUACUCUCUAUUCCUCUCUGUCAAGAGGCGCACGUGCAGUUUUCCAGCUUUAUCCAGAAAACUCAGAACAGCUCGAGCUGAUCACGACGCAGGCCAUGAAGGCAGGCUUUGGUGGAGGCAUGGUGGUGGAUUACCCCAACAGCAGCAAGGCCAAAAAGUUCUUCCUGUGUCUGUUUGCUGGAGUCACAGGAGUCCUUCCCAAGGGGUUGGGAUCAGAAACGUCAGACAGAGCUGUUUCAAACCAGGUCCAGUAUUCAGGACAAAGAAACCGGUUCAAAAACAUGAAGGGGAAAUCAGCAAAGAAGGGACGAGAUUGGAUCUUUGAGAAGAAGGAGAGGAGGAGAAGACAGGGACGGGAGGUUCGAGCCGACACAAAAUACACUGGACGUCAGAGGAGACCUCAUUUCUAGCUCUGACUCAUGCAGCUGUGCCUUCAUUAGCUCUCGUCUGUACCACCCCGCACACAAUCACCCCUCUAACUGCAGAGUGUUUGGGCUCAAUUCUUUCAUCUCUUUAAUUCAAGUGGAUGAGAUGCAAGAGUAAAAUGCUAUCAUGGCCAAUCAUUUUUACAUUUGGUCGAGUGUCUGGCAAUCUGUUUCUCACAAAUGGUGGCGAGAUUGGACUCUCCAUGUUCAUGUUGGCUGGAAGAUACCAAGUACAGUGACAGAUGUCUGUACUGCCCACAGUGGAGGCAGAGACAGCACAAACAAUAUUAUAGAAUAAAAACAUUUUUUUAAAUGAUCAAAUGUAAAAUCUUCUAUCUCUGGUGAGCCGUUUAUUAAAAAUCUACAAAAACUGA